GGCCCUCCCUCCAGGCUCCGCGGGUAGCCCCGGCCGCCGCGCCAUGUCCUCCGGCUGGUUCCGGCGCCGCUUCCUGCCCGGAGGUCCGCUCCCCGCGCCGCGGUCCCCGCGGUCCCCGCGGCCGCGCGCCAGCCCCGUGCCCUACCGGCGGCCCCGCUUCCUGCGCGGCUCGGGCUCCUGCUCCGGCACCGCCGACGCCCCGCGCCGCCCGGACGCCCGGCCCGUGCGCUGCCCCGCGCGGGGCCGCGUUCUGCCCUGGAACGCAGGCUACGCAGAGAUCAUCAAUGCAGAGAAAUCUGAGUUCAAUGAGGAUCAGGCUGCCUGUGGGAAGCUGUGCAUCCGGAGAUGUGAGUUCGGGGCUGAAGAGGACCAGGAGUGGCUGACCGUGUGCCCAGAGGAGUUGCUGACAGGUCAUUACUGGGCACUGUUUGAUGGGCACGGCGGUCCAGCAGCAGCCAUCCUGGCUGCCAACACCCUGCACUCCUGCCUGCGCCGGCAGCUGGAGACCAUAGUAGAGGGCAUGGUGGCCACUCAGCCCCCCAUGCACCUCAGUGGCCACUGUGUCUGCCCCAGUGAUCCCCAGUUUGUGGAGGAAAAGGGCAUUAGGACAGAAGACUUGGUGAUCGGAGCUCUGGAGAGCGCUUUCCAGGAAUGUGAUGAGAUGAUCGGGCGGGAGCUGGAGGCCUCAGGCCAAGUGGGUGGCUGCACAGCCCUGGUGGCUGUGUCCCUACAGGGGAAGCUGUAUGUGGCCAAUGCCGGAGAUAGCAGGGCCAUCUUGGUGAGAAGAGAUGAGGUACGGCCUCUGAGCUCUGAGUUCACCCCGGAGACUGAGCGACAACGAAUCCAGCAGCUGGCCUUUGUCUACCCUGAGCUUCUGGCUGGUGAGUUCACCCGACUAGAGUUCCCUCGGCGACUGAAGGGGGAUGACUUGGGGCAGAAGGUUUUGUUCAGGGAUCACCACAUGAGUGGCUGGAGCUACAAGUGCGUGGAGAAGUCGGAUCUCAAGUACCCACUGAUCCACGGACAGGGUAGGCAGGCUCGGUUACUGGGAACACUGGCUGUGUCUCGCGGCCUGGGAGACCAUCAGCUCAGAGUACUGGACACAAACAUUCAGCUCAAGCCCUUCUUGCUCUCUGUCCCACAGGUGACAGUGCUGGAUGUGGACCAGUUGGAGCUGCAGGAGGAGGAUGUUGUUGUCAUGGCAACUGAUGGGCUCUGGGAUGUCCUGUCCAAUGAGCAGGUGGCACGGCUAGUGCGAAGCUUCCUCUCUGGCAAUCAAGAGGACCCACACAGGUUCUCGGAGCUGGCGCAAAUGCUGAUACACAGCACACAGGGGAAGGACGACGGUCCCACAGGGGAAGGGCAAGUGUCCUACGACGAUGUCUCAGUGUUCGUGAUUCCCUUGCACAGCCAGGGCCAAGGGAGCAGUGGCCACUGAGGAUUCAGACACCGCAUUCCAGAACCACUUGGGGCCAUGUGCAGUCUGGGCAUCCCUCCACUUGUGGUCUACAGCAAGCCUGCCCCCAGAUAGCCCAGGGCUCUUGCCCCCCACCCCAGCCCAUUUCAAGGGAAGCAUUUAUUUAUACCCCAAAGUCAGAGCUGAAGACCAAAGAACCCAGCUCCGCAAGUCCCCCCUUUGGCAGGCAGGGAAAGAGUGCUAAUGUCAACAUUCCUGUGGCAGGCAUUUUACAACUUAGGACACCCACAGGAGGCUCUUCAGAUGGGAUCCUUCACAGCCCAAUAUGUUAUUCCCAGCUCGACUAAGGGAAUUGACCAGAGAUGCCAGGAGGGCCAGAUAGCCUGUGUUUGGAUCCAAGUCUCCAAUCCAUGAAUGUCAGGGUAUCUACUUAACCCCCAAAGCCCAUGCAGGGAGCCUUAUGGGAAGUUGUGGGCAGCCUCCUAUCUGCUGAACAGCCGUCCUGAAGCAGGCCCUGGGGCUAAAGUUGGAGAACCGAAAGGGGCAAGGAGCCCGUUGGCUGAGUGGGGAAUUGCCUCCAAUUACUGCUCCUGCCUCUGACCUUGCAUCCGGAUUGCUCCUUCCAGGCCGCAGCCCUGCCCUAGGUUGAUGCCCCGAUAAUGCCCUUGUUUUGUUGCUCCCCAUCAUCUCCCUAUGAUUAAAUGUUUGU